GUGUAUUUGGGACAGACCUCGCCAGGUACAGGUGUUUAACUCACAGGACUAGACUAAGGGUCGAAAGAACGUGGAGGAUUUUUAGAGUGUGGACUAAUGACAUUUAAGUAACACCAACCCCAGAAAUGCUUCACCUCAGGCGCAGUGCCCAGGACGUCCUACUAUGUGACCUCUGUGAAAAUGUCCCCUUACAGAGUCACUGCGAACUUUGUCAUAUAAACCUAUGUAAGGCCUGCGUUGGGGAUCAUCUCUCCGAUUCGUCUAAAAGACACAAAGUCGUACCCUAUAAACACAGGAAGUCUACCCCUAACUACCCAAAAUGUCCAGAUCACGCUGAAAAACACUGUGAACUUUUCUGUGAGAAAUGUGACAUUCCUGUCUGUUCUACCUGCGUAUUAAAUAAACAUAGAGGGCACAAUUUAUGUGAUAUUCUGAAAAAACUCAGUUCUAAAACACAAAGUUUACGAAAAGAUUUAAAAGAACUCGAGACCAGAAUUUUUCCCCGAUAUAAGGAAAUGGGCUCCGAUAUCCAAACCGAGAAAACUGAGUUAGAAACGAAUUACGGGAAACUGACAACAGCUGCCGACCAACAAGGAGAAAUCUGGCACCGAGAGAUCUCCGCCAUUGUCAACCAACGUAAAUCGGACAUUGCGGAGAUGAAAAACAAACACAUUGCUGCCUUAGAUAAAAACAGAGAUGAAAUCACACUCAGAAUUACCGAACUCAGACAGAUGAUUCAGGACUUGAGGAAAAUACUGGACACCAAUGACGUCUCCCUAACAUCUACGUACAAAUCUAGGAAUGCCGAGUUUAGAAGAUUACCUCCAAAAACACAAGUUACAUUACCGAGUUUCUCUCCUCGGAAAAUAAACACAGAACAGCUGAACGAAAUGUUUGGUUCUCGAUCAUCAUUAUCCAUUAACAUAGAACACGGCGAGACAAUGAAGUCACCAGAAGCUGUAUCGUCUCCAGUCAAACCACUGCUUGAUGAACCGCGACUCACCGCCACCAUAAACACUGGGUAUAAUAGACUACGCAGUGUUAGCUGUCUCAGCGACGAAGAAGUCUGGACACGUGGGUAUCACGAACUCAUGAAGCUGUUCAACCCUCAGGGUAAACUGCUGACAUCAAUACAAACCGAAUCAGGGAACAGACCAGUGGACAUAGCAGUGACACGGGACAGGGAUCUUGUUUAUACUGAUGAUUAUAAUAAAACUGUAAACCUAGUGAAGAAUAAACAGAUACAGACCAUCAUCACCCUACAGGGGUGGACACCUCUCUAUGUCUGCAGUACCAUUUCUGGUCAUCUCCUGAUUACCAUGUACAGUGAUGAUGGAAAACAAGCCAAAGUUGUGCGUUAUUCUGGCUCCACAGAGACACAAACCAUUCAGUUUGAUUAUCAAGGUCGUCCUCUCUAUUCAUCUUAUGGCACCAAAUACAUCAGUGAGAACAUGAACCUGGAUAUCUGUGUGGCUGACCGGUCAGCUAGAGCAGUAGUGGUGGUCAAUCAGUCAGGACAACGCCGAUUUAGGUACACUGGUCAUCCCUCUAGUACCAAGCAAUCAUUUAAUCCAGUCGGCAUCACUACAGACAGCCAGGGUCAAAUCCUGACAGCAGACUGUUACAAUCACCGUAUCCAUAUCCUAGAUCAGGACGGACAGUUCCUCCGUUACAUUCAGAACUGUGGUUUACACCGUCCAUGGGAUUUAUGUGUGGACAUCAGAGACAACCUCUUUGUGGCCGAGCGUGACACUGCUAAAGUGAAGAAAAUCCAAUAUCUGUAAAUACAUGGUAAAUUACAUAUCUCCACACAGUGUUAAUUACAUCUCUCAACACCGUAUUCAUUACAAACUUAUUAAUUACAAACAUAAACAUUGUUCAUUAAAAAUCUAUUAAUUACAAGUAAACACAUGGUGUUUAACACACCGUGUUAAAUUACAGAAGUGGCUGUGAUGUGAAUUCCGUAUUAAAUUACAGAAGUGGUUGUGAUGUGAUUUUUGUGUUAAAUUUCAGAAGUGGUUGUGAUGGAUUUUCUGUGUUAAAUUUCAGAAGUGGCUGUGAUGUGAUUUCUGUGACAAGAUUCCAUCAUUAUCUAAUUCAGUAAACCUGACAUAAUUCACAAUGUGAAGUGUUUUAUGUCACCAUAGUAACAAAGUAUAAUCAGUACAAUAUUCAUAAUAUAUUGUGUAACCAUAGUAACAAAGUGAUUGAUUGUACAUGUAUGUUACGACACCAGUUAUCAAUUGCAUUGUGACGUCAUUAUAUUGUCAUAGUCAUAACAACAUAAUAAUUAUGUAAAACGUCUGAAGAUUUUUUAAAAAUGAAAGCGCUUACGUUU